AAGAACAUACAUACUUCGUUACGCGUCGUUAGUCUUAUCAGUAUACCGAUCUUGUGUGCAUACACGCUUUCUUUAACCGUGCCACUUAAAGUGGAAGAUUACCCAAACUGUUCUGCGUUUCGUCAAAGGCAGCAAUCGUUUCCAGUCCACCGCACGAAUAUCGGCUCGCCAUAACCUAAAAUAUUCGAAGAAUAUCGAAUAAAUAUCAUAACAACAUGAGUAAGACUAUAUUCAACCACACUAUUGACGACAUUUUGGAGAAGAAUUUGCCAGAAAAGGAAUUGGCCGAAGUGAAACGUCUUUUAUAUGGCGGUGAAUUACAGGAUUUGGAGCUUCCAGAAUGGACAGAAAAUGUGGAAUUGGAUGUAAAAGGAUAUGUAAUGAACGGAGAAGUCCAGGAACAAUUACGUCCUCCGCGAAUCGUUAGAGUCGGACUUAUUCAACACUCGAUAGUUUUGCCAACUACAGAACCAUUGCAUAAACAGAGAAACGCUCUACAUUUGAAGAUCCAAAAAUACGUUAACCAUGCAGCUGCUUGUGGCGUCAACGUUCUUUGUUUACAAGAAGCUUGGGCUAUGCCUUUCGUGUUCUGCACGAGAGAGAAAUAUCCAUGGUGCGAAUUUGCGGAAGAAGUAGAAAAUGGACCAACAACGAUAUUGAUGAGCGAGCUGGCUCAACGUUAUGGAAUGGUGAUCAUUUCUCCGAUCUUAGAAAGGGACGUAGAAAACGGUGACACAUUGUGGAACACAUCGGUGGUAAUUGGCACGGACGGAAAAGUGAUUGGGAAACAGAGGAAGAACCAUAUUCCUCGCGUAGGUGACUUCAACGAGUCCACAUACUAUAUGGAGGGCAACACUGGACAUAAUGUUUUUGAUACUUGCUUCGGACGUAUCGCUAUCAAUAUUUGCUACGGACGCCAUCACCCGCAGAAUUGGAUGAUGUACGGUCUCCAUGGCGCAGAGAUCGUUUUCAAUCCGUCGGCAACUACCAGCCACACGUCGGAGCCACUUUGGUCCAUCGAAGCAAGAUGCGCAGCCAUAGCGAACAGCUACUACUCUUGUGCCAUUAAUCGAGUGGGAACAGAAUUGUUUCCCAAUGAGUUCACGUCUGGAGAUGGUGCUCCAGCUCAUCACGAUUUUGGACACUUUUACGGAUCCAGUUACAUCACAGCUCCGAAUGGAACCAGAACUCCUGGCUUGAGUCGUUGCAAAGAUGGGCUUCUUGUUUGCGAACUGGACUUGAACAUGUGCCGUCAGAUGAAAGACAUGUGGUGUUUGAGAAUGACUCAAAGACUCGACAUGUACGCCAAGGAACUUACAGAGUACGUGGAGAAGAAUCUGAAAUUAAACAAAGAGGCGAACCAAUAAAUAAUGUACAUUUCAAACUAGACUCUCCAUCGAGUUUCUAGGUACCAAACAAUAAAAUAAACACAUAUUUUUGAGAUCACGAUUCACAGACUACUUUGUAUAUCCUGCCUCGCAAUAUUCCAUUUGAAAUU